AUGCCCAUGUCCUCUCCCGUGAAGCUGCAGCCAGUCGCCCCCAAUGUCACAGCUGCCGUUCCAGAAGCCAAUGUGACCAACAGGACAUCCUGUGGCCACAAGCACACCGUUGUCAUUCCCAGCGAACUCUUCCUGACUCUCGGCCUGCUGAGCUUGGUGGAGAACGUGCUGGUCAUGGCGGCCAUCAUCAAGAACCGGAACCUGCACUCGCCCAUGUACUACUUCCUCUGCUGCCUGGCUGUCUCGGACAUACUGGUGAGCAUCAGCAACUUUGUGGAGACCAUCUUCAUCCUCCUGAUAGACAACCGGGUGAUGAUCCUGGAGGACCAGACGGCACGCCAUAUGGACAACAUCCUGGACGUGCUCAUCUGCUGCUCCUUCAUGGCCUCGCUGUCCUUCCUGGGGGUCAUCGCCAUUGACCGCUACAUCACCAUCUUCUACGCCUUGCGCUACCACAGCAUCAUGACCAUCCAGCGGGCAGUCCUCAUCAUCGUGGCCAUCUGGGUGGUCAGCACGAGUGCCAGCACCAUCUUCAUUGCCUUCGAUGACAACAAAACCGUGGUGCUGUGCCUGCUGACCUACUUGCUCUUCAUGGUGAUCCUCAUCAUGGGGCUCUACAUCCACAUGUUCAUGCUGGCUCGCCAGCACGCCCGGGCGAUCUCCAGGAUGCACCGGAAACACACCGCCCCCCAGGCGACCAGCAUGAAGGGGGCCAUCACCCUCACUCUGCUGCUGGGAGUCUUCUUUGUCUGCUGGGGGCCCUUCUUCCUCCACCUGAUCCUCUUCGUCACCUGCCCCAGCCACCCCUUCUGCAACUGCUACUUCCAGUACUUCAACCUCUGCGUCAUCCUCGUCAUUUGCAACUCCGUGGUGGACCCCAUCAUCUACGCCUUCCGCAGCGAGGAGCUCCGGAAAACUCUGAAAGAGGUGGCGAUGUGUCGCUGGGGGAGGAGGAUCGAGGUCACUCUGCCGCUGGCAGAGGUGGUGGACGUGGCCUGUUUUGCUUUCCGAGGACCUGUGCGGUCCAGGCAGGAUUCGGGUGCAGCAACUUUUUGUCUCUUCCCUGCUCCUGCUCUCCUGGGCAAAGGCCCCCAGGAAGGAGCCCAGACGAGGUGCCCACCAGCCCUCGGCCUGCCCUGCCAGCACUUCUGCCCGAAGCGAGGGGCGCCCAGCCAUGAACGCCACCUGGCGCCGGGGGGCGGGCAAGGAAGGGGAGUACAGAUUAAGAAAGGAGGCAGCUUCACCUCCUCCCCCUUCGCCCCCCGGGUUGCUGCUUCUGCCGAGCGCGCUGCCCUUCGGGCUCCCUCCCGCCCUCCUUCUUCCGACGGCCGGCCGGCGGGCCCCCAGCGCGGCUUCUCCGGCGCCAGAAUUGAUGCUCAUCAGCCCCCCCGCCCCGCCCCGCCCCGGACUCGUGAGCAGAUCUGGAAGGGAGGCUCCCCGGCCCGGCCUCCGGAGGGGAAGAAGGAGGUCCAGCCCUCGCAGCGGGGGGUGCGGCGGUCCCGGCUCCUGGCCUGUGCGCGCCCCUUGCAGGGGAGAAGGGCUGGGGCGGGGAGCGGCGUCCCGGAGCGCCUGGUGGUGCCGGAGAGGCGCGCUCCGCCCUGCUGCGGGAGUCCGGACAGCGGAAGGGGCUCCUUGUGCGCCCUCCCGGUGGACCUCAGCCCGGCUGCUGCCGCUGCUCUCCGGCCGCGACUGGGGAAGGAGCCGCUGACAGCCUGGCCGCCCGCCUCCGCCCAGCCAGCCGCCCACCGCCGCCCGCCCGCCCGCGCCCUCCAGCCCGCCGCAGCCGCCCAGCAACGCAGCCGCCGCCGUCGCAGCAUGAGAGAGAUUGUGCACAUCCAGGCGGGCCAGUGCGGCAACCAGAUCGGAGCCAAGUUCUGGGAGGUGAUCAGCGAUGAACAUGGGAUAGACCCCAGCGGGAACUAUGUGGGAGACUCCGAUCUACAGUUGGAAAGGAUCAGCGUCUAUUACAAUGAAGCCUCCUCUCACAAGUAUGUUCCUCGCGCUAUCCUCGUGGACCUGGAACCUGGCACCAUGGACAGUGUCCGGUCGGGGGCUUUCGGCCAUCUCUUCAGACCUGACAACUUCAUCUUUGGUCAAAGUGGUGCAGGGAACAACUGGGCGAAGGGGCACUACACAGAGGGCGCCGAGCUGGUGGACUCUGUCCUGGACGUGGUGCGGAAGGAGUGUGAGAACUGUGACUGUCUCCAGGGCUUCCAGCUCACCCACUCUCUGGGCGGGGGCACAGGCUCUGGAAUGGGGACCCUCCUCAUUAGCAAAGUCCGUGAAGAGUACCCCGACCGGAUCAUGAACACUUUCAGUGUGGUGCCUUCCCCCAAAGUGUCCGACACUGUGGUGGAGCCCUACAACGCCACCUUGUCCAUUCACCAGCUGGUGGAAAACACAGAUGAGACCUACUGCAUCGACAACGAAGCCCUCUACGACAUCUGCUUCCGGACCCUCAAACUGGCCACGCCCACCUACGGAGACCUCAACCACCUCGUCUCGGCCACCAUGAGUGGCGUCACCACCUCCCUGCGGUUCCCUGGGCAGCUCAAUGCAGACCUCCGCAAGCUGGCUGUCAACAUGGUGCCCUUCCCCCGCCUCCACUUCUUCAUGCCCGGCUUUGCCCCACUGACGGCCCGCGGGAGCCAGCAGUACCGAGCCCUGACCGUGCCAGAGCUCACCCAACAGAUGUUCGAUGCCAAGAACAUGAUGGCGGCAUGCGACCCCCGCCACGGCCGCUACCUGACCGUGGCCACCGUCUUCAGAGGGCGCAUGUCCAUGAAGGAGGUGGACGAACAGAUGCUGGCCAUCCAGAGCAAGAAUAGCAGCUAUUUUGUGGAGUGGAUCCCCAACAACGUCAAAGUGGCCGUCUGUGACAUCCCUCCUCGGGGCCUGAAGAUGUCGUCCACCUUCAUCGGCAACAGCACGGCCAUCCAGGAACUCUUCAAGCGCAUCUCAGAGCAGUUCACGGCCAUGUUCCGGCGCAAGGCCUUCCUCCACUGGUACACAGGGGAGGGCAUGGAUGAGAUGGAGUUCACAGAGGCCGAGAGCAACAUGAACGACCUGGUUUCUGAGUAUCAACAGUACCAGGAUGCGACGGCUGAAGAGGAAGGCGAGAUGUACGAGGAUGAUGAAGAAGAGUCUGAGGCCCAAGGGGCCAAGUGAGAGCGGGGGCCGCGUUCAGUUCCUCCCGGCGAGAGCUGAACACCGACAAAGCCCUCUAGUUCAUUGUCCUCCAUUUUUGCUACUCCUUUGCUGAGUUCUAGGCAACCAGUUGCUUCUGAUUCAAGGGUUCCAAACUGGAAGAUUGUUCCGUCUGUACAGUCUUCCCCCCUCCCCUCCUCCCCGUGUCUUAUCAGUUAGUGCAGCCCUUCUGUCCUCCAUCACUUUAAUAAUGUCAAGGGCCCUGGUCUUUAUUUUUUACUGGUCUGUGUCUAUUUUUAUGUUUUGGAAUACUUAAUAAAUCUAUUGCUGUUCA